GUAGAACACGUCAGAUCAACGAAGGGCGUAUGUCAAAGUAUUUCAAGCAUUCGAGGAGUUUUGUUUUUUUGGCUUCGACGAUGUUCUUUGGUCACAUGUUUCAUGGUCGCUGUCAAUUUGCUCUUCUUGAUGUUCAGUUGCGACAACCGUCUGAGAGCCUCUAGUUGGUCUGAUUUCCUGAUGCUCCCGAAGUGCCGACUUGAGCUCCGCCGAAACUCCUCCUCCCGUCUUUGAACAAAAAUGGCCGGAUAUAACAGCAAAUCAAUAUCAGACAGCCGUUUGGAAGCUGGGUUUUCGCAACGGAAUGCCACAGAACAUGAACAUGGGAAAGGUCGUUACAUCAUUGUAGUCCUUGCUGCCUUCAUGAUUAGUUUCAUGACGGGUGGCUUGCAAUUCGGCUUCGGCAUCUAUCAGGCGCAUUAUGAGACGAUGGCACUAGAAGACGACACCCCAUUCACCGGUGCCACGGCCGCCCGGCUCGACCUCAUUGGAACCCUCGCGAUCUCAAUGAUGACUAUAUGCGCACCUGUAGUUGUGGCAUGGUCAAAAACUAUUGGCCCCCAGAAAGUCAUGUGCGCAGGCGGUCUGCUAGUAGGAGUGGCCAACGUCCUGGCAAGUUUCGGUCGGGAGCUGUGGCAUUACCAGAUUACGCAAGGGUUCUUGAUGGGAGUGGGAUCUUGUCUCUCGUUCGUUCCGUCAAUGGUCGUCGUCCCGACUUGGUUCGAUAAGCACAGGGCGCUGGCCAUGGGCAUCGUCUCUGCAGGCAGCGGCGUUGGCGGUCUGGUCUGGGCUCCUGUGCUCGUGACGUGCAUCGAGAAGCUGGGGUAUCGGAAUACCCUUCGUAUGACUGGCACUCUCGGUGCUGUGGUUGUUUGUGUCUGUGGAGCUUUGCUUACCUGGGAACCUGCAAUGGCGGCCCGCAUACGGAGCGAGAACACGACGACAUCUAGAUUGAAGAAGAUGUUCAAGGUUCCUAUGCCACCAUGGAAGACUGUCAAGCAACGCAAGUUCAUUGCGCAAAGUUUCAGCAUGUUCUGCCAGAGCGCCGCAUAUUACACACCGGCGUUCUUCUUUGCGUCGUACGCUAAGACCUUGGGAUACUCGGACAGCGACGGUGCCAAUCUGACUGCCGUCAAUAACGCCUGCAACGCUGUCGGGAAGAUUGCGAUUGGGCUCGUGGCAGACCGCAUCGGAAGGCUCAACGCUCUGUUUCUCACGACUGUGAUCUGUGCCGCCGUCACUCUCGGGUUAUGGGUUCCUAGCAUAGCGAUCGGGAUGAGCCAUGAGUCUGUAGCAAGGUCGCUACUCGUCAGCUUCACAGUUCUGUAUGGCAUUUUCGCAAGUGCAUACGUCAGCUUGUUUCCACCGGCUCUGGUUGAGCUGUUCGGCAUGGAAUUGAUGCCGCAGAUUACUGGGAUCAUGUACAUGAUCAUGGGUGUGGCUUCCAUGAUUGGAACGCCUGUGGCUGGUGCCCUGGUCAGAGGGCACGGAGAGAUCAAGGAAUCGGGUGACUACAUGGGGAUGGGUAUCAUGGUAGGUACUCUCAUGGCUGCUGCAGCUAUAUUUGUGGCUUGGAUGAGACUAGAGGCCACGGCAGACCGGGCUCAAGGGGGACGAAAAUGGGUAUGGAAGCUGUAAGCAUCGGUAGUUGAAAGGCAGUGACGGUGCUGCUUUACGCAGAGACUUCUACACUGGAAAGUGCUUGUCCUUUCUUGAAAAAGAGUCACUCAUUGAUCCGAGAGCUAGAAUGCUCUACAUUGGAAUCGAAUGGCCUCCUUGACAUGUGCCGAGGCAAUCAGAGCAGCCUUUAGCUUGAAUGGUAACUUUGUUCAAUCAUUCUGAUUCCUAGAUGUCAGAAAGUCAAUAAAUGACUAGGCUAAGC